AUGGCCGAAGGAAGCUGCCCCGAGAGCCCCCUGGGCGGCCCCGGCUCGCAGGCCGGGGAGGCCGGCCCCAGCCUGGACGCACAACCCCGCGGCUGGAGGGGGGCCCCGUUCGGGGCCACGGACGGGAACGCAGCUUUUGGGAUGAUGCCGGUGCACAAGAAGCGUGGGGGGAACAGAACCGAAUUCUGGCCUGGCUUCCAGGAUUGCUCCACAGGAGCUCUCACCAUGGGAUUUUGGAGCCGGAUCAAUGAGAAGUCAGUGUGGUGCUGCGGCUGGCUGCCUUGUACCCCGCUGCGCAUCGCUGCCACUGCCGGCCACGGGAACUGUGUGGAUUUCCUGAUUCAGAAAGGGGCCGAGAUCGACCUGGUGGACGUGAAGGGGCAGACCGCCUUAUACGUGGCCGUGGUGAAUGGGCAUCUGGAAUGUGCCCAGAUCCUGCUGGAAGCUGGAGCCGACCCCAAUGGCAGCCGCCAUCACCGCAGCACACCGGUGUAUCAUGCCUCCCGGGUGGGCAGAGCCGACAUCCUGAAGGAGCUCAUCAGGUACGGGGCGGACGUGGAUGUGAGCCACGCGCUGGCUCCGGGGAUGCCGCCUCCCUCCCGCCGCCUCACCUCCCUGGUGGUCUGCCCUCUGUACAUCAGCGCCGCCUACCACAACCUCCAGUGCUUCAAGCUGCUGCUUCAGGCGGGCGCCAACCCCGAUUUCAACUGCCACGGCCCGGUCAACGUGCAGGGCUUCUGCCGGGGCUCCCCCGUCUGCGUCAUGGACGCCGUCUUGCGUCACGGCUGUGAGGCUGCCUUCGUCAGCCUGCUGGUGGACUUCGGGGCCAACCUGAACCUGGUGAAGUGGGAAGCCUUGAACGCCGAGGCAAGAGGCCGCGUGAAAGUGAACCCGGAAGCUUUGCAGGUUUUCCGAGAAGCCAGGAGUGCCCCCAGGACCUUGCUGUGUUUGUGCCGGGUGUCCGUGAGGAGGGCUCUCGGCAAGUGUCGGCUGUACCUUAUCCCCUCUCUCCCCCUCCCUGAUGCCAUCAAACAGUUUUUACUUUAUGAGCAGAAUUAAGAUGCGGGCCAUGCUUAUGGGGGUGCUUCUCGAGGACAAAAGCAGGUGAUCUAAAGAACUAAGUCGAUGUCUAUUCAUCACUCUGCAUCUCCCACCCUGAACUCUUAAGAUAUGCCCCGAGUGGCUGCUGGGCACCAGAAUGCCUUGGUGUUCCUACUGAUGUAAACCAGCUCAGGUGCUUCUGUCAAUUUGCCGUGUUGUGGAAAGGCUUGACUCUCGAUUGAGUUUGAUCUAACUUUGGCUUGUUUUCAGUGGUGGGGCUAUCACAACGUGCAACAUAUUUGUUCCUUCUCCCUUGGGUUCUCUCCUUGGAAUUUCUGUAGCUGAGAUAUUCCAACCACCUCCAUAUAAUCAGGAUUGGGAAGAUGUGGAUCUAGGGUUCGGGUCAGGUGCCAGAGGCCAGCUAUUGUCUCCAUAAGAAUAGUGCAAUUAGCAACCUCUCUCUAGAUUUAUAUUUCUAAAGGAAAUAAUGACUUCAAUAUUGGAUGGACGUGAGUCCUCGUUUUGGGAAAAUACAUUUAACCAGAGGUAGAUGCUAGUCCUCAAGCAUUUAUGCCAGCAGGCACUGUGAGUGUUGGGAAUAAAAAAGAAAGGCAAAGAUAGCGUCCUUCUCUCAAGACUCUCCUAUUCUAGUGGGGGGCAUGAAGUGUAAAAAGCUGGGUAAGUUCAGGACCCAGGCAGAAGAGGAUUAGAGGAGCCAAUCUCUG